GUAAACACUGAAGACUUCAGAGGCAUUGUUCGGGAAGAUGCUGUUUUGUAUCUCUUAGAAAUUCCCAAAGGUGAAACAGUGACAAUUUUGGCUCAAAGCAAAUAUGAAGUUUACAGAGACAUCAUGGCCUGUGGCAGAGGAGAUUCAUUCUUCAUCAGGAGCCACUUUGAGUGUGAAAAAGAGUCACCACAGAGCUUAGCAUUCACCAGAGGGGAGAUCUUUAGAGUAGUUGAUACACUAUAUGAUGGCAAACUGGGAAACUGGCUGGCUGUGAGAAUUGGAAAUGAACUGGAAAAAGGCCUCAUUCCAAAUAAGAGCAGAGCUGAGCAGAUGGCCAGCGUUCAAAAUGCCCAAAAAGACGGCUCAAGCGACAGGGCAGACUUCUGGAGAACACGUGGCCAGAGGUCUGGAGUGAAGAAGAAUCUGAGGAAGAGUCGUGAGGAUCUGACAGCUAUUGUGUCUGUGAGCACAAAAUUCCCAGCUUAUGAGAGAGUUCAGUUGCGUGAGGCUGGUUUUAAGAGACCUGUGGUGAUAUUUGGCCCUAUUGCAGAUGUUGCUAUGGAGAAGUUGUCAAAUGAUUUGCCUCACCUGUACCAGACAGCAAAGGCAGAACCCAGAGACGCAGGUUCAGAGAAGUCAACUGGAGUGGUGCGUUUGAACACUGUGAAGCAAAUAAUUGAGCAGGAUAAACAUGCUCUGUUGGAUGUGACUCCUAAAGCAGUGGACCUGCUAAAUUAUACCCAAUGGUUUCCAAUUGUGGUCUUCUUUAACCCAGACAGUAAGCAAGGUGUGAAAACCAUGAGACAAAGGCUAUGUUCCACAUCUAACAAGAGCUCAAGAAAACUUUAUGAACAAGCAAACAAACUGAAGAAAACUUGUUCCCACCUCUUUACAGCCACCAUCAAUUUGAAUUCAGCCAACGACAGCUGGUAUGGUAGUCUGAAAGAUACAAUUCAGCAACAGCAAGGAGAAGCAGUAUGGGUAUCAGAGGGAAAGAUGGACACCAUGGAAGAUGAUGCAGAUGAUCGUAUGUCUUACCUUACUGCAAUGGGUGCUGACUAUUUGAGUUGUGACAGCCGACUGAUCAGUGACCUAGAGGAUACAGAUGGAGAGGGAGGUGCAUACACUGACAAUGAACUUGACGAGCCCCUGGAUGAACCAAGGAUUUCAUCUGUUAGCCGGUCCUCUGAACCUGUGCAUGAGGAGAGUUUAAAAAAAAUUAGUCAAGAACCAAGGGCUCAGUUGAGAAAAGCUGGUAGCAGGGAGAUCCUUAGAGAACCCAGUCCACCUCCAGCAUUCAAGCCGGAACCACCUAAGGGAAAGUUACAAAACAAAGAGGAUCUAUAUGACUUCCCCAAGAACUAUGACUCCAAAUCAAGUACUGUUGUCAGCAGUGAGACUUUACCUAUAUCAGCUAAACCAGCACCACCACCUGUUUCUUUGAAACCUGCCUUUGGGCGUCCCAUCUUGAGAAACUCUCAGCCAGCAGUCCCACCUGCAGAGGAGGUGGAGGAGACAAGGUUGGAAGAGGAAGGAAGCGAACAAGAAAAUACUCCAAAAUCUGUAUUAAGGAAAGUCAAAAUAUUUGAGGAGAUGGAUCAUAAGGCGAGGAUACAAAGAAUGCAAGAGCUACAAGAGGCCCAGAAUGCCAGGCUUGAAAUAGCCCAGAAGCACCCAGAUAUUUAUGCUGUCCCUGUCAAAACACUGAAGUCAGAACAGAGCUGGCCCCAGCCUAUGAGCUCGAGACCUCCAGAACCCCAGAAACCUCCUGUUAGACCUUACCUGGAGAACCGUGGCAGUUACGGCAGUGAUGCGGAGGAGGAGGAGGAGGAGUACCGUCGGCAGCUAUCCGACCAGUCCAAGAAGGGGUAUUAUGCACAGCCAUCCAGAUACAGAGACACAGAAUUGUAG